AUGGUUUUCAAUGUGUCCUUCGACUUUCAGGCUGUUGCCAAUCCUAAUCAGAUCAGCAUGCUCAUCUUGCAAGAGUCGUGCACUGAUGUUACGGGAUCACUUGUAGUACACACGACUGUCAACGCUGAAGCAAUCAAUUUGGUGAUGACCAGGGGUGAUUCUUCCUCCGUGGUUUUAUUGCCAUCCGGAUUUGCAAUUAUUCCUGAUUGUUCUCCCAUUUCUGGCGGGCCUAUCAACUAUAAUGUAGGCAAUGAUGAUGAAAGUAGUGGUUCAUUACUAACUAUAGGAUUUCGAUUUGGGUGCAUAGCCUCCUGCUGCCAAGCUAACAACAGAGUCAAUUGA